AUGUUGAAGAGCCUUGUGAUCCUGACCGUGGCGUCAUUCGUCGCCGCCCAGUCAGAUGACAGCCCUUCCAGCGCCAGUGUAACCGACGAUGAGAUGGGCCCGGCUGCCUUCAUGUGGCCCCCGGACAGAGUCUGGUCUGGGGAUGUAGACAAUCGCUCUCCCUGUGGGUCCCGUGCCUCCGCCGGCAACAGAACCGAGUUCCCUCUGUCUGGGGGCGCCGUCGCUCUUGUCGCCCAGGAUGAUUACUACAAUUCAAAGCUCAGCAUCGCCUACUCCGACGACCCUACCUCGAACGACGACUUCACCACGUUGAUUGAGGAGCAUAGCAUCUCUGACCUCGACCCCGGCCACACUUGCGUUGACUUGUCCGACCUGCCUGGUAGCGUUUCCGCCGGCGAUAAUGCCACUCUGCAGAUCAUCUACCGUGCCGACUGGGAUGCCCCCCACAACCAGACCUUCUAUGCCUGCGCCGACAUUGUCUUUGUCGAAGCGUCCGAGUUUACCUUUAAUAUCCCUUGCUUCAACGCCACAGAGCCCGGCGAGGAUGAUAUUGAGGCUGGUGCGACGGCCAGCGCCAAGCCAACUGCCACCCACAAGUCUACAUCCGGCGGCUCUAGCAGCUCCAAUGAUUCCGACGACUCUGAAGACUCCAGCAACUCCGGUGAUUCCAAGAAGCUCAGCGGUGGUGCUAUCGCUGGUAUCGUCGUCGGCUCCGUUGUCGGCGUUAUUUUGAUGGCUGUGGGAGCGCUACUUCUGUGGCGUCGCAAGAAGCAGCAGAGGCGCAGCCAGCACAUCACCCGCCUGGAGAACGAGCGCCUCCAGUGCUGCUUAGGUAAUGAACGGAACGUCUGA